AGGAGCAGGGGGGGUCAGGACUGCACUGAAUGCUCCAGGAGUCAAGUGCGGCUUACACCCGGGGGUGCGGGUUAGACUCGCCCCCGGGCAGCCUGCUCCGGUCCGGCUGUGGUCACCACCCGGCAGGGCAGCAUCGCGGGCCACCGCGAGAGGUCGGGCAUGGUGGAGCCAGACCCUUCUCGAGCGCCCAGUACAUAUUUGGUAACAGAACUAAGACAACAAACUGAAAACUGAAACCCGCGUAAGUCCAGGAUGAAGUCUGCAGUGGGCGAUGAAUUCGAAGAACAGUUUCUCUUUCCCAUCACCAAAACGCCCUGGCCAAGCUUGCCAGGUUCGCUCCAGCGGCCACACUUAACGCGGAGAGAAGUGGGUUUCCAGCCCGUGUAAACACCUCUGGGCUGUCAGCGCGACGCCCCGCCCGGUGAGGCGUCACCGAGAUCAGCUGAUAUAAGGAACGGGACCUGUAGGGUUGAGGACUCUGGACUUGGAGGCUCCGUGGCUCACUCCGGGAGGGAGACGCGCCUCAGAGGAGAUACGCUGGCAGGAGAACCUUUCAGGUUAGGAAUAUACCAAGUGCUGAGAAGAUGAGCCUCAAGAUUAAUUUGGAAACAAACUUUGCCGAGUAUGUUCUAGAUUUGGGAAAAAUCAUCCUUGGGACCCAGCAAAUGGGGCAAACGAACCCUCAACUGUGGGAGAAACAAAAUGAAACCAUUUUGCAAGCAAUAUGUGCUCUGCUGAAUUCUGGUGGGGGUGUGAUCAAGGCUGAGAGUGAGAAUGAGGACUAUGAUUAUGAAAUUCAUGGACUAGAGUUGAAUAUACCCCCAAGUUUCAGCAGCUGUUUAGAUGUGCUGCAGCAAGAAAAAUUCCUUUGGAUUUUUGUGAAAUCAUGGAACACAGAGGCAGGUGUACGAGUUGCUACCUUGUGCUCCAAUUUGUACUACAGAGAGAGAGCAUCGACUACUGUUGUGGACCCCCAGGAAGCUCUGGCAUUCCUCAGAGGGAAGGCUGAGGCUCCUGUGAAUAUAAACAUUUCUCACUCCUUAAGUCCGCAGGGAGCUCGGUGUGGGGUACAGUAUGAAAAUAACAUAAAGGCCUUGGCUGCUGCUUUAUUUGAUAGAGUGAAGCUUCAGUAUCUGGAAAAACUCAACUUUCCCAAGUCCACACACGUCGAAUUUAUAAUGUUCUCAGCAGAUGUGUCUCAAUGUGUGAAAGACAGACUCCCCAAGUGUAUUUCUGCAUUGGCUAAUACCGAAGGAGGAUAUGUGUUUUUUGGUGUACAUGAUGAGACCCGUCAAGUUAUUGGAUGUGAAACACACCAAAUAGCCAUCUUGAGUACUACAGUGGAUAGCUGUAUUAAGAAGUUAACCGUCCAUCAUUUCUGCACACAGAGGCCUGAGUUACAAAGGUCCAUUAAAUUCCUUGAAGUACGCGAUAAGGGGAUCCUCCGUGGAUAUGUGUGUGCGAUCAAGGUGGAGAGAUUCUGCUGUGCUGUGUUUGCCAAAGACCCUAGUUCCUGGGAAGUGAAAGACAACUGUGUGAAACCACUGGCCACAAAGAAAUGGGUAGCUUGGAUGAUGGAAGCCGACCCAGAUCUUUCUAGGUUUCCUGAGAUGGUCCUUGAGCUGAGUGUGUCAUCUGCCACACCCCACAGCAGGACCGUGUGCUGUCAUAAGAAUUUGAAACGUCUGCAAGAACAGCAGAAACAUUACUUUCCAGUAUUAUCAGACAGAGUGGUGUAUACUCCAGAAAACCUCUACAAGGAACUCUUCUCACAACAUCAAGGGCUCAGGGAAUUAAUAAAUGCAGAAAUGCGCUCUGUCUCUCAAGGAGUAUUGAUUUUUUCUCGAAGCUGGGCUGUGGACUUAGGUCUGCCAGAGAACCCGGGAGUUAUCUGUGAAGCUCUUCUGAUUUCCCAGAACAAUACCCCAAUCUUCUACUCAAUCUUCAGCCACUGGAAUAUGGCGUGCAAAGGCUAUUCUAUGAUAGUUGCCCAGACUUUGAAGCAGAGGCUGGUGAACAGAGGUGGCUACACUGGGAGAUUAUGCAUCACUCCUUUGGUCUUCCUGCUGCAUCCCGACAGAAAUACACAGCCUCUUUAUGGUUCAGAUUUGCAAAUUUACCCAGAGUCCUAUAACCUUAUGACAACUGAGGACGUGGAAACUCUUUUACGGUCCCUUGUGAUAGUUUUGUUUGGGUUUAGAUCCUUCUUAAGUGAUGAGCUGGGCUCUGAAGUUUUGAACCUACUCACAGAUAAACAGUAUGAGUUGCUUUCAAAGGACCUUCACAGGACCAAAGAGCUGUUUGUUCACGGCUUGCCUGGAUCGGGGAAGACUGUCCUGGCUCUUAAAAUCAUGGAGAAGAUCAGGAAUGUGUUUCACUGUGAAACAGAUCACAUUCUUUACAUCUGUGAGAACCAGCCUCUGAAGAAGUUUAUAAGCACGAAAAACAGCUGCCAAUCAGUGACCCGGAAAACCUUCAUGAGAAAAGACUUCAAUCAUAUUCAACAUAUUAUCAUUGAUGAAGCUCAGAAUUUCUGCACUGAAGAUGGGGACUGGUACCGGAAGGCAAGAACUAUCACUCAGGGAGCACAGAAUUGCCGAGGAAUUCUCUGGAUCUUUCUGGACUACUUCCAGACCAACCACUUGCGUUGCACUGGUCUCCCCCCUCUCUCAGACCAGUAUCCAAGAGAGGAGCUCACCAGAGUGGUCCGCAGUGCAGACCCAAUAGCCGACUGCCUGCAAAACAUAAUGCAAGGGAUCAGAGAAAAUCCUCCUCCCAACCUUCUGCCUGAAUCCCUGGUGAUGCUCCAUGACCCUGAAUGGGCUCAGGGUGUUCCAGGCAACUUUGAGAUUGUUGAAUUCUCGAGUUUGGAUGAGAUGGUGACCUAUGUGGCAGAUAAAUGUCGAUUUUUCUGCAGGAAUGGUUAUUCUCCCAGAGAUAUUGGUGUGAUUUUCAGUAGAGCAAGUGAGAUGAACGGAUGUAAAGAUAGGCUUCUAGCAGCAAUGAGGAGGAGAAGAAUGUCUAAGCUCAGUGAGGAACCUGAUGUGUUACUACAGAUCAGGGACACAUCAGAUAUUUUUGGUAAUCAUAUUGUGUUGGAUGAUGUCCAUCGAUUUUCAGGUCUAGAAAGAAAUAUUGUGUUUGGAAUCAAUCCAAGGGCAGUUGACCCAAACAUUUUCCACAGUCUUCUGCUCUGUUUGGUUUCCAGGGCCAAAAACCAUCUGUAUAUUCUAAAUGUUUCUUGCUGAUGGGAAAACCCC